GCGGAGCGGAGCUGAGCGGCGGGGACCCGGCGCGGCCACUGGCAGUGGUGGCACCAUGCAGCAGGAGGCGGAGGGCAGCCGGCCACGCCGCAGGAAGCCUGACAUGGCCCUCUAUGUGCCCAAAGCGCGGCGGGAGAGAGAGGCACAAGCAACGGGCAGCGCACUGGUCUGGCACCACCAGGAGCCUGCGAACCACCGCCUGGGACAGGACUCUUGCCAGGGCAGUGGCAAGGGGCAGAGGCGAAGCCCCCGUGCCACAACACAGUCAGGCAGAGUGGUAAGGAGGGAGAGCAAGGCGGAUACUGCCCCGAAGGAGCUGCAGGCAGCCUCUGCCAGGCAGUGCCAGAGGGCGGGAGGCAGCUGCCCCACUGCACUGGAGAGCCUGGAGGCAUCACCCCGUACGUGUGAGCCAUGCCCAGAUCCAACUGUUGCCCAGCCCUGGGACGGGCAGGACAAAGCAUCCCAUGAUGAAGGAUUCAGAGGGCUCAGCCAUGGCCACCAGAUGAUAAGGACUGAACCUGACCCUCCAUCCCCACCAAAUGCCCAGGCUGGGGCCAUGAAGGCUACCCCCAAGCCUGGGGAUGACCUCACUAGCCCAACACCUGCUACUAGCCCAACACUGGUUUGUCAGACAGGACUGAGUGGCAUGUUGGAGCACUUGGGGGACAGCACCCCAGAUCCAGCUGGGGACCUCUGCCAGACCCUGAGAAAGGCUGUUUUUCAGUCAGCAGGAGUGGGCAAACAGGGCAGUGUGCCCAGGCUGGCAAGGGAGGCAGUGGCUCUGAAAGCCCAGAAGGAGGAGAGGGAGGAGAGUUCUCUUCUGGCAGGGCAGAGCGAGGGCUGUGCCACUGGGGUGUUAGAGGAGGGGGCAAGGUGGGGAGGCAUGGCUGAGCUUGCCGGAGAGAGCACCUUGUGUGCACCAGGAGCCAGCUGUGAACCUGUGUUCCUGAGGGGUAGCACAGGCGAUGUGCCAGUACUCCCAGGGGAGUGCACCCCAGGGCAGGGCAUGGGCAGCCCAUCCCAGCUUCUGCCUGUCACAGAGGAGAGCACUACUGGUACCGGGAGACCCAGUGGGAAGAGUGAUCUGGUGUCUGCUGCAGAGGAAUUGGGCAGCACUUGUGCCUGCACAGACAGCAGCACUGGGGCUGAGAGCAGCCCAGGGAAGGGAGCACCCCUGGAGAACUGUGAGCCCCCACCACCCCUGGAGCUGCUAUGCCGUGGCGUGGAGGAGCUCUUGCCGGUGUCCUGGGCCAAGGAGCUGGCAGGGACACAUGAGGAUGUCGGCUCACUGCAGAAGCACCAGUGCACCCAGGAGGCUGAGAAGAAAGAGAGAGGUCUCCACAGUAGCUUCCCAAAGGAAGGACAGACCAGUACCAGUGCUGGAACCCUGAGCCAGGCUAGCCCGGGUGCUGAGGAGAGCUGGGAUGUGCUGUUCAACGAUGAUGGAGACUGCCUGGACCCACGCCUGCUGGAGGAGCUCUCAGGGGGUGAGAAGCACCAGGAGAGCCUGCAGUCACCCCGCUUCGACUACUACAGGGCUGAACCCACUGCUCCGGACAUCAGCGAUGAUGAGCUGCCCCACGUCAUCGAGAUCUACGAUUUCCCCUCGGAUUUCUGCACUGAGGACCUAAUGCGUGUCUUCUGCAGCUAUCAGAAAAAAGGCUUUGAUAUUAAAUGGGUGGAUGAUACACAUGCCCUGGGCAUCUUCUCCAGCCCUAUAACAGCACGUGAUGCCCUCAGCACCAAGCACCUGAUGGUGAAGACGCGUCCACUCUCCCAGGGCACCCGCGCCUCUAAAGCCAAAGCCAGGGCAUAUGCUGAGUACCUGCAGCCAGCCAAGGAGCGCCCUGAAACAUCAGCCGUUCUGGCCAGGCGGCUGGUGAUCGGUGCCUUGGGGGUACGCAGCAACCAGACUCCAGCCCAGCGAGAUGCAGAGCGGAGGAAGCUGCAAGAAGCUCAAGAGAGGAAGCGCCUGGAAAACAAGCAGCGGGAGGAUGCCUGGGAGGGCCGAGAGUGAGCCAGGAGGCUGCACUUUCAGCCCCACUGGAAACCCCCCUGGGGUGCCUGAGCCCCUCUCUGUAGGCAGGCAGGGCACUCUGCAUCUUGGAGCUGGGACAGAUCCUGCACCACAUCCAAAAGCACUGGGCAGCUCCACUGAAAGGGCUGAGCGGGACGCAUGCGGGACUGUUGCUGUGGGGAUGCUGUUGCCGUCAGGCAUCACUGCCCACCCUACCCCAGGCAGGACCCCCAGGGCUGCCAGCUGCAGUGGGAGCAGCAGGGGGGUGCAGGGAACUCAUCAGAGAGCAGGGGGGCUGUGUGGGGUGGCCCUGGCCAUCUGGCAGGGCCUUGCAAAUGAGAGUUUCUCUCCUUUAUUUUGCUAAUAAAUACCAUAUAUUUUA